AUGGAGCGGUACCUCCGGGAAGAACCCCGAGGGAAACGCAGAGAGCCGGCUCAAGAAGAAGAAUGGGCGAGAUCAGCCACAUCAUCACCACCCUCACCACCUUCACCACAAUCGCCCGGACUGUUCACUGUCACAGCAGUAAAAAGUGAACCUCCCAGCGAUUCUGAUGAACCAAGAGAUGAACCACCGAGCCCGGCGCCGGUACGCCGUCACGUGCCACGCCACCAUCCGCACGCGCACACCACCGAUCCCCGGCGUCGUGUGCAUAGAUGUGAAUUCCCAGCUUGCGAUAAAGUCUACACUAAAAGCUCACAUCUCAAAGCACACAAACGGACCCAUACAGGGGAGAAACCUUAUAAAUGUUCUUGGGAAGGCUGUGAAUGGCGGUUUGCGCGAUCUGAUGAGUUGACUAGACAUUACCGUAAACACACGGGGGCGAAACCUUUUCGCUGCCGUCAUUGCGAGCGCUGCUUUUCCCGCUCCGACCAUCUAGCAUUGCAUGCGAAGCGCCAUGCG